AUGUCUACUGCCGAUAUCCCCCAGAUCGAAGCAGGAAACCUGUUCAAUGUCAAAGGCCUUGUUGCCGUGAUCACCGGCGGUGGUUCAGGCCUCGGUCGGAUGAUGGCAAGAGCACUGGCGGUCAAUGGGGCCUCCAAAGUCUUCAUCAUCGGUCGCCGUGAAGACAGCUUGAUGGAGACUGCCAACUCUGUCCCCGGCGGCACUAUCAUCCCCUUAGCUGGAGACGUGACCUCGAAGGACUCGCUACAACAGUGCUUUGAAAAGGUCCAGGCGGAGGUCGAUUCCAUCGACGUCCUUGUCGCAAACAGCGGGAUAUCUGGGCCGUCAGUGCCGACGCUAGAUUCCAACCAGAAGCCUGUAUCCCUUGAGGAACUGGCAAAGAAUAUGUGGAAGCCCGAGCCAGAGGAAGUGACGCAGACAUACGCCAUCAACAUUACUGGCGUCCAUUUCACGAUUGCAGCAUUCCUCCCCCUUCUGGAUGCGGCCAACAAGAAGAGACCUGCUCCGACAAAGGACAACUUCACCCCUCGUCCGCAGAUCAUCACCACCGGGUCUAUUGGAGGAUUUAAUCGCAAGCCUCUAGGUAACCUGAGCUAUGGUGCUAGCAAAUCCGGGGUCAUGUUUCUCUCAAAACAGCUGGCGACUGCACUCGUGCCCUACGAUAUCAGGGUGAAUGUGAUCGCCCCAGGUCUCUACUAUUCCCCAAUGACGCAUGGAAUGUACCAGGCUCAAGGGAAGACAGAGAUUCACAAUGUCGAGGGCACUUUCAGCAGCGAGGUCGUACCCGCGACCAGAACAGGUGAUGAGCAGGACAUGGCGGGAGUCAUCCUGUGGCUUUGCUCGAGAGCGGGUGCAUACAUCAACGGAUGUGUUGUUGUCACGGACGGUGGACGGCUCAGUGUUAUGCCUGCAUCAUAUUAG